AUGUUCUCUCCUCCCCAAAGGCUCCCACCCAAACCAACCGCAAACAUGACAAACUCCAUCACUUCAACCUCAACCUCUACCUCUAGCUCUACUAUUGACAAGAUCAAGUCACUCAAGCACGCAUACAGCCAGAAGAAAGCAGCCGAGAAGGAAGCCAAGAAAGUCGACUUUUACCUGAAGAACUACGGCUUCGUGCCCAAGAAUGUCAUGACCGAGGCUGAGUGGGAAAGGGCCAGAAAGAACGCGCCAAAGGUCAAAGGAGCCACGAACGGGUUGAAAGCCACCGCGUAUCAGGGCCACUACUGGUGA